AUGGCCAGUAACGUGAGCCCGCAGUCUUUGUCGGGUGACUCGCGCACUUCGGAGGCCGCGCCUGCGCCCGUGACACCAGCAUCGCCCGGCACCGGCAGCGAGCCGCGCGGCGUCGACAGCGCUGGCCCUGUUACGGAGAUAGUUAUCAAGCGCCGCGAGCGCUCCAAGCUCAUGAAGUCGUCCAGCUACCGCGGCGUCGCGCUGACCGAGAACGGCUAUUGGCGCUCCCGCAUCCGCUUCGGCAAGCACACGAUUCACCUGGGAAGGUUCCGCGAUGAGCGCGAGGCGGCACUGGCGUACGACCGCGCGGCGGCGCUGCUGCUCGGCCCCAGCGCCUCACUCAACUUCCGCUUCGCCCCCGGCCGCGACGACCCCGGCCCCGUGCUGCACACCGCCAUCAUCGUGAACCAGGCGCUCGGCGCCAACACCCCUCAGGCAGUGCAGGACAUGGUGAACGGCGCCACCUGGCAGGCCGCCGAGCGCGAGCGCGCGCGCCUCGCCGCCACCCGCGCGCCGCCGGUGCCGCCGCAGCAGCAGCUGCCGCCGAUGAUCCGCGUGGACGAGGCGGCCGCGGCGUUCGCUGCGCUGCAGCAGCAGCAGCAGCAGGAGCAGCAGCAGCAGCUGCGGCUGAAGCUGGUGCAGGAGCAGGUGGCGAGGCAGCAGGAGCAGCUGCGGCAGCUGCAGGCGCUGCAGGCGCAGCUGCAGAUGCAGCGCGUGCCGGAGCCGCAGCUGCAACAGCUGGAGGCUGGGCACCAGGGUGGUGGUGCCUCCCUCCUGCUCCACCAUGCGCUGCACGAGGCCGCUGUGCUGCAGGAGCAGCAGCAGCAACAGCAGCAACUGCAGCUGCAGCGGUGGCGGCUGCAGCAGCAGCAGCAGCAGCAGCAGCAGCAGCAGCGUGAGCAGCAGCAGCAGCAGCAGCGCGAGCAGCAGCGGCGCCAGCAGCAGCAAGCCGAGGCGGAUCAGGAGAUGGACGCCGCGGCGGCGUUGGCGGGGCUAUUGGGACAGGCGCAGAGCCCUGCGGCUGCACAGCAGCUGCUUGCGGCGCUGAUGCAGGCCAGUGGCCGCGGCGCUGCCGCGCCGGCGCCCGCCCCGCCCGCGGCUGAGCUGCCACCCGUCGCUGCGCCCGGCCCCGUCAAGGCGCUCGCGCCGCCGGCGGCGUCGGCCACGCCCUCUGCCGAGGAGGGCGCGUUCCGCGCCUCGAGCCCGAGCGGCGGCACGCACGCCUCUUGGGGCGGCGCGCCCGCCGCGCCCGUGCCCACGCCCACGCCCGCGCCCGCGCAUGCGGCUGUGGACUCGGAGGCCGCGGCGCGGCAGGCGGCGUUUGUCGCCGCCAUGGAGGACGUGGGCAGGCUGCUUCAGACGGAGCCGGGGCUGCUGGCGGAUUACGCCACGCCCGACGGCAGCGCCGCGGACAGCAGCGAUGCGGCUGCCGCGCGGAUGGCGGCGGCGCUCGCCGCCGUCGUGACGGCCGCCGCCGCCGUCGCACAGGACCUGGGAGGCGGCGCUGCCCCCGCUGCCGCCGCCGCGCCCGCGCCGACGCUGGGCAAGCGCGCCCGCGAUGGCGCGGCCGGGGCCUCGCCAGACUGCGAGAGCCCCACCCAGCGGCGGCGCGAGGAGCCGGCCCUCGGCGCAAGGGGCGCGCUGGCGCUAGAGCACCGCCUGCUGCAACUGAGCGGCGUCGCCGCUAGCCUGGCCGGCCGCUGCUGA